UCGCAAAACCUGACAAAACCGACCUGUACCUCUCCGUGAUGCCAAUGUGUGGCUCGCUCCACCCACGGUGCAAAAUAUAGAUGCCUUGCAUGACUUAAGAAUAGGACAUCGGUCCACGCGCGCCGGAGGGCACGAAAAUAGUUCUUAAAGGAGAUCAUCAUGAGCACCUUAUUUCAGUCGACUCUCAGAAACCCUUUCGACCCUGCGAUAGAACCUCCGCCGAGGUCAAGAUCCAUGGCUAUCCUACCUCCAAACAACAAUACCUCGCCCAAGUCGAGUCAUGAAGAUUCGAUGCAGGUCACAUCUCCUGCGCCUCCGAAUAUGGGCCCUCCUACGCAGGGAAAUAGUCCAGAACUUGAACAGGGCAAUACUGCCAAUGGCAACAAGGAUCAAACACCAGUGCCCGGUUCCGGUACAGCAGCAGGAGCCGUAGGAGCCUCACAAGGGCCCAAAGUGGUGCAGACAGCCUUCAUACACAAGCUUUACAGCAUGCUGGAAGAUCGAAGUAUACAGCACCUGAUUUCCUGGUCGAAUACGAACGAAAGUUUCGUCAUGUCCCCUUCCAACGAGUUCUCCAAAGUGUUGUCCCAAUACUUCAAACAUACAAAUAUAUCAUCCUUCGUACGCCAGCUCAAUAUGUACGGCUUUCACAAGGUCAGCGACGUCUUCCACACUGGUUCACCAGAAUCCGCGCUGUGGGAGUUCAAGCACGGCAACGGCAACUUCAAGAAGGGCGACCUGAUGGGUUUGAGAGAGAUCAAAAGGAGGGCUUCUCGGCAUACUUUGAUACAUCGGGAUUCAUUCUCGAAUCCAAAGCCUGGCUUAUCGCAACCGGCCACACCUGGAGAAAUGCCUUCGGAUGAGCCGCGCUAUCCGGGUUUCGAGCAAACUUUCUACGAGAUGCAUAGCCGACUAGAAAGAACCGAGCAAAACUAUGCCUUGAUGAACACAAGGUGCCAGGUGCUGACUGAGGGCCUCGUUCGCUGCCACCAGUGGACACAGAAUUUGACCAGCGCCUUUCAGCAGAUAUCCGCUCCCGACUCGCCUCUCUACAAUGAUGUUACGAGCAUGCAAAAAGAAAUAGCGCGACAACUGGAGUUCGUGCGCGCACUCGAGAAUCCUCCUGAAGCUUUACCGAAUGGCAGGCAGUCAUUCUAUCCAGGCAGUGCAGCUUUGGAGCCGCCUGUAUCUCCUCGCGGAUACAAUUAUCCUGACAGUCGCAGGUCGUCCGUCCAGUUUGAGCCGCAACAUGUUGGAUUGCGACCACUGGCACCGCCUGUGCCGCCUCAAUUUUCGUCGUCCCCGCGACGGUUUGGUUCCAUGAGUAAUCCCCAUCCUUCGCCAGGAUUCAGCCGACCUGCACUCCCGGCACACCCGCCACAAAGUGUGCAUCCGUUGGCAUCGGUAUCGACGCCACCACCCAUAAACCUUACCCGCAGACACACAUCAGCAGAUAUUCGAGAACAUGGCUGGCCCCCAGUGAACGACAAUCAAGGCGGAUCCCCGUACGCCUCGGGACAUUCAUCCGUGCAGUGGCAGCCAUCGUCGCCUCAGCAAGGCCCCCAAAGCGGAGACCGACAGCUGCAAGACCAACUGGCACGCUACGAAAUCAACGGUUCGAAACGUUCGGCCACCACGGCAAACCAACCGACCCCUCCGCUGACCUCCACGUCCGAAUCUCAUCCUACUGGCCUGGGUGUGGAUCACGGAUCCUGGAGUUUGGGGGCAAGCAAAUUUCCCCGGCCCAAUUUCGAGCUGCAUUCGGCCCCUGCCACGCGUAGGGGCAGUAUGGCGACUCUACACUCAUUACUCAACCCAGCCGAGACGGCGGAGCGGGAUAAUGAGGACGAGGGUCUGAACGACGAUAGAAAGCGGAAACGACUGCUAUGAAAGUUUACCCUUCAUUUUGCUCAAAAGUCAUCCGGGCAUGACAGCUUAUUGUAGAUAACGAGAUGGGAUGGUGUUUGGCGUCACUUCUGACUUUUCUCUGGGGGGAUCUUCACAAUCUUUGAGUCUGAAAAGCGAGCGUGGGUCUUUUGAGGGUGUUUGUGACCACCAUGUGUUAUGGGUGAAGCGAAGAAAAUGAUGACCCAUGUUUA